UCAGACGGAUCUAUUCGUCCGACUGCGAUAUUCUGAAACGUGGGAGUUGCUUUUCCCACCGUUUUUGACCCGCCUUGUCCUAAAUCCAACAUUGGUAUAUAAGGCGCCACAGACUGGGAUCAGACCACCAGCUCUGUUCGGCGACCGACAAGCUUCAAAGAAAAGUCGGAGAAGACAGACAACAUGUGUCGCCUCCACCUCGGUGUAGCGAUAGUCGUCACGUGGGCGGCGCUCACGAUGGCUCAGGUGGAAGACCUGACAAAACAAGAGGGAGGAAAAGGUCCAGCGGUUGUGGAGGCCGUGGUGCGCCUCAUCCGUCAGUCGUGCGUCUUCCCUAACGACCACCUGCUGCUCAGACGAUUUGCAUUCGUCGAGACUGACGACGGUCUUGACCCUAACACCUACAGGGCUGGUUUUAACGGAGGCAUCUGGGCGGUCAGCGAGACUGACUUCCGGAACACGCAGAAUGACCCUCGUCUGUCUCGAUUCUACGAAGACAUCACCCAGAGGUUUGGCAUCGACUGGAACAGACUGACCUGGGAUCAGCUUCGCAAGCCGAUCUACUCUGGACUGGCCACCGCUCUGUACAUCGCUCAGAAGUUCAACGGGCAAGCGAUCCCCGUCUCCAAAGAGGAGCAGGCUGCGUGGUAUCAGAGCAACAUCCAUCCUCAGAACCUCAUCGCCGCCUACAACUACACUAAGCAGUCCGAUCGCCUGGAGAGUGGUACAAUAUGCGGAUCGAGCAACAUUGACCUUGCCUUUGUGGUCGACACAUCAUCAAGUUUGAGUCCAGAGAAUUUUGAGAGUGCCAAGACAUUCGCUUCCAAUGUCGUGGAUACUUUCAACAUCGCCCCGGACUCGGUCCAGAUCGCAUUCAUGACCUUCAGCUCAGAUGUCCAGCUGCAGUUUGAUUUCAACGACUUCAGCUCCAAGGAGGCCGUCAAGAACGCCAUCAGUCGCGUGCAGAUGAAACUGGGAAACACAGCCACCGACAAGGCCCUCGACUUUGCUGCCUCGCAACUCUUCACCGCCGCAGAUGGCGUUCGCCCCAAUUCGGCAAAGGUGGCAGUGCUGCUGACGGACGGUAAAGCGGACAGACACUCCAGCGCCGUCGCUAGCGCUCAAAGACUCAAGGACUUAGGCGUUACUAUCUUUGUCAUCGGUGUGGGUGACGUGGACCGUAACGAACUGGAGAGCUUGGCCUCUAACCCUGUGUGCACCCACGUUCAACAGUUGACGGACUACCAGGAUCUUGACCUGAUCCUGUCCGACAUUCGUCAGAUGUCUUGUGAAGCUCCAGUAGUGGUUCAAGAAGGCCAUCCCCAGCAGUUUCCUUGCGGCACCUCCAGCAACUUUAUGAUCUCAUUUAGUGGCCCUGCCACAGUUACAGUCCAGCCGACCCAGGGCUUUGUCAACAUCUACGGCUCUUUCUUCAACCCCCAUCCAUCGCCGGUCUCCAAACAGUUCGCUACCAUCGCCAACGCCUCCCAGGCGGCCAUCAUCUACGUCAACCAGAUGAGCACGUUGCAGCCGUUGUACAUCAACGUUGAUACCACUGGCAACGACCCCGCCAUCUGCCACAGAGGCAGCUCGUUUACACUGACCAUCCAGCGAGGAAGCAAGCUGCAGUUCGGAUCCGUUCUUACUUGUGUCAAGAAUGGAAUGAUUGGCGAGUGCAGUGUGUUGGACAUUCUGACGUCACAGUAUAACGUGUCCCAACCGUCUAAUUUGGGUAUACCCAACCCAUGCACCCCGGGCCACCCCGGGUACUUCGCAUACGCCGAUUCCACAAGUCGUGUGGUGUCGUACAACUACUUCAUCUACUGCUCAGCUGAAGGCAUCUUAUAUCUCGUCGAGUGCCCCUACAACAGCUGGUACAACAACGCCUUCCGCCAGUGUGUACCCGGUAUCCCGCCAACGGUCACCACCAUAUCACCUAUCAUCUCUCAUGUGACUCCGCCGGCUUUUACGUUGCCACCAGUGACUCCUGGCACUUACUACAACCCCUGCACCGCUGAACAGAUCAGCCGCGGAAACUUCUUCUUCCCGUACCCCGGGGACGACAGCAAGUACAUCCAGUGCACAGAGUGGCCGAACUUUGCCGUCGUCAAGGAUUGCGCCCCCUAUCACAAGUGGGAGCAGCGAGUACUCAACUGCAUCUACAACAUGACGGUGGUGGACCCCACCCAUGACCAGUACUUGACGUCACCGAGCCCCCUGGACUUCAACUGCACGUAUGGGCUGCAGACGGGUGACCUGUUCUACCACCCGUACCCCAACGACCACACCAAGUACAUCCAGUGCGACCAGUUCGGCAACGCCUUCGUCAAGAGCUGCCAGAGCGGAAGGAUCUGGAACCAGUAUCUUCUGACCUGCAUUCCCAGCGGCGUCUUCUCUGGGUCAGGGGUUCCCGUGGGAAAAUGAUCUCGACAAAGUUUUUGAUGCAACGGUUUAGAUGAGAUUGGUGCUUUUUUUUGGUAUUUUUUUUAAAAGCAGCAUUUUGAAAACUAACGUUGCAGACACGCGAAGGUGUUUAUGCAGCAGGCAGAAAGAAAUAGAUCGGGGUAGUCAACUAGAACUUGCAGAGAACAGUGGUUGAUAGUUAUACCAGACACCGCGAGAGCGAACGAAUAAUUGCAUGCGUCAUCUCAAAAAGAGGUCAAAGGGUUAAGCUACAUAAAUGGUGACAAUAUUUUUGUCCAAAUAAACUGGCAACUGCCUUCGUGUCCAGCCAUCAAAAAAAGGAUAAAACAUUUAUUUGCAAAUAAAAAUUCUUAAAACUGGA